AUGAGGGCAGAGCUUAUUGAAUUCAAACAUGCUGCAUGGGAGUAUCUUCGAGGGAUUGGAGGGAGUAACUGGGCUCAAUUGAAAGCUGGUCUUCGCCGUUGGGACAUAGCGACAACCAACAUUUCUGAGAGUUACAACAAUGCGUUGAAAGGGAUCCGUUUUUUACCAAUUAGAGCCUUGAUCCAUGCAACUUUUCGCAAAAUUGUGAAAUUCUACAGAGAAGAACAAUUGUCUGCGAGAAAUUGCAUGACACCGAUCCCUCCUGAAUUGUGGAAAAAAUACGAGAAAAUGAACGACAAAGUAGCCAGUUUUGAAGCCACCCCUUUUGAUGGUGGUGAUGCUAUGUGGCAGGUUGUUACUGCAACACGGGUAAGUGGCAGGGGGCUUUACCUCAUUCAAUUCGUGCUUUCAAUGUUGUUCUAUGGCUGUGAUAUUCUGGUUGCAUUGAAAUUUGUUUAUGCAAGAAAUUUGUUUAUGCAAGAAAUACAAAACGUUAGGUACACCUACGGAGACGCCCCACGGAGCAGCACCCCACCUUUUAGAGAUCAAUUAACAAGCCUGCGUGUUGAAGAUUUUUGGUGGCAACCAUAUGCAAAUGUCCUUCAUAGACUCCCUGAUUUCUGUACACAAGGCCAAACCAUUUGGACGACUAGGUGUUGGAUGUUCUGUUGGGCUAUUAAGGAACCCCACGAGUCGGGCAGAGUUGUGAGACAAUUUGGAUACGUACAGGAUGUUCCCAAGCGCCCUAUGAUUAAAGAUAAUACAACAUUUAUUCUCGAUCACGCCCACAAUAUGUCUGGGUAUCCUAGCAACAAUUGGGUGGAUCACCAUUCCGCAGUACGUCGUCAUUGGAAUAGGAGAGAAGAGUACGUGCUACGAGAUUUGGAGGAAGGAGACCCUAGCUCCGUAUAUGAGGGGUACUAUGAAUGGUUCAUGGUGAACACUGUCAGACUGAUAUCCAAUCCCAAAAAUUAUGAAUCUCAAGGAUACGAGACUUCUUCGAGCCGAGUGAAAUUAUAUGGUGAGGUAUUGAACAAUAUUCACGUGAAUUCCGAGAAGUUUAGAGAAAAACGAGAAGAUGAGAAUCUCCUAGACGAAGAACUCGACAAGCAUUUGGACGAUAUCAUCAAUCAAACACAUGUUGUUUUAACCCUGGGUGCAAAUGAUGGGAUGGACGUGUAG